AUGGUUUGACCGAGCGGUAACAAUCAACAAUGAACCUAGAACUGCUAGAGUCAUUUGGUCAAAACUUCCCAGAAGAUUUUGAUGGCACAUUAGAUUGUGUAAGCAUUGCAAUAACAUGUGCCUUCAAUCGUCAAGGCACAUUAUUGGCUGUUGGUUGUAACGAUGGAAGAAUUGUUGUUUGGGAUUUUCUUACUAGAGGAAUAGCCAAAUUUUUAAAUGCACAUGUCCAUCCUGUAUGUUCACUGAGCUGGAAUAGAAGUGGUAGAAAGCUGUUAAGUGCCGCCACUGACAACACUGUUGCAAUAUGGGAUGUUCUCUCUGGAGAAAAUGAAAAAGUCUUCCGUUUCCCAUCACCAGUAUUAAAAGUCCAGUGGCACCCCAGGAAUAGCUCCCAGUUUUUGGUUUGUCCAUUGAAACAUGCUGCAGUGUUGAUGACUGUGAAAGGUGAACAUAAAAUAGUCCCACUUGAUGAGGAUUUUGAUUUAAAUAUUAUAGCAUCAUUUGACAGAAGAGGGCGCUAUAUUUAUACAGGAAACGCAAAAGGAAGGAUCCUUGCAUUUAAUAUUGACAACUUGGAGCUGGCUGCAUCAUUUCGUGUGACAACUGGUGGUCUCAACACAACAGCAAUCAAAUCAUUAGAGUUUGCCAGGAGAGGAGAGUGUUUUCUAGUCAACUCAGCUGACAGGAUCAUUAGAGUUUAUGAGAGCAGAGAGGUUCUCACAUGUGGGAAAGAUGGGGAACCCGAACCAAUGCAGAAACUUCAAGACCUGGUCAACAAAACAUUAUGGAAGAAAUGUUGUUUUUCUGGUGAUGGUGAGUAUAUUGUGGCUGGGUCAGCGCGUCAGCAUUCUCUGUACAUCUGGGAGAAAGCUGUGGGGAACUUAGUGAAAAUUUUACAUGGAACAAAAGGAGAACUUUUACUAGAUGUUGUGUGGCAUCCUGUUCGACCCAUAAUUGCAUCAAUAUCAAGUGGCUUGGUCUCAAUUUGGGCACAGAAUCAAGUAGAAAACUGGAGUGCUUUUGCCCCAGAUUUCAAAGAAUUGGAUGAAAAUGUUGAGUAUGAUGAGAGAGAAUCAGAGUUUGAUUUAGAAGAUGAGGAUAAAGAGAAGGAAGAGAGCAAAGCACCAGUUGAAGAGGAUGUUGAAGUUGAUGUAUGGACUGUUGAACCUAUCCAGGCUUUUGUCAGCAGUGAUGAAGAUGAAGAAGACAAAGACGCCCUCCUGUUUUUACCUGUCUCCCCAGAUGUUGAGGAACCAGAAGAUGGUUGGCAGGCAUCAUCAGAAUCUCAGAAAAGAUCAACACAGGGUGUCCUACCCAGAGUGCCGCUCAUAACAACUGUCUUGAAAACAGAAGAACAUGUCAGUACAAAUGAAAAGAAAAAAGGGCAGGGAAUUGACACCACCCCCACAGGUCCAGAGAAGAGAACGCGGCAGGGCCAUGAUUCAAGUGAGAAGCGUAGAGGUGGGUCAGACAGCAGUGCUCCUCCAGCCAAGAAAAAGAAGACAAAAACUUUGGAUAUUGACUUGCCAGAUGCUCCACGAGAUGAAAUACAUCCACUCCUCAAUGUGAAGAAACCUCAAGAGAAAGCUCAGUCUAAAAAAUCAAGACCCCAAAAAUCAAAAUCAUCAAAGCCAGAAAAUUCACGGCACAAAGAUCGCAGCUCUAGGGUAGAUGAUGGGGCCAAUGAAAAUGCAGGCUCCUUGUACUAACUAUUCAGCCUGUAUAAUUUAAUUGCAGUGUGAAAAGUUUUGUGAGAUCCAGUGCAGCAGAUGAGUGUACAUGCCAAAUUGGUUUGGUGAUUUCUGUGGAUGAUUAGCUACAAAUGUUUAUUUCUAUACAAAUUUACUUUUUUUUUUAUGUUCUUGAUAUUACAAGAAUUUUGAAUUCUUUUAAUGUAAAUUUCAAAUCUUUAUUGUGUACAUAAAAUAAUAAUGCAUGUCUUGUCACAUGAAAUCAUAUCAUAUGCAAGACCUCAUGAUUAAGAAAACAUAUGAGGUAUUCCACCAUUUGUUGUAUUAAUUAUAUGAUUAAUAAAUUAAAAUAUGGUUACAUUGUAUCGUUUGUUAGAUACAGUUCCAACCUACUUUUUCCUAGUGCUCCAGAUGUAAAGUUUGAUUGGCUUUUUGUAUCUUUAUUUUGAAUGGAUGAAAGCAGUUUGUGAAAACAGUUACAAGUACAACUGAAUAGUUCAAAUCUUUAAAAUACAGUUAUUCUGAACAUUAGAUUAAGAUAUAUUUAGAUUAAAAAACAUUCUAGUUUACCAAUUUAAAUAUUACAGUGACUUAAUGUUAUUUGAAAAUUGUAUUUUCUGUAAAUUGUAAAAAUUUACUGUAAACUGUGUUAUUAUUAACAUU